UGUGUGUAGAGCCAAACUAAGAGUAGCAAACACACAGUGGAGCCCAGUGUACACAGAAGUACGAGUGAUUGACCAUGGAAAAAAAAGAAAAUGUUUAUUGACCGUUUACGUCAACUCUAGAAACGAAGUUUUGCAAUGGAUUGUUUAUAGUCAUACAAUCGCUGUGCUUUCCUAGGUAUGCGGGCUGAGCAAACGGCCUCAUGCAGUUGUGGCAAGGGAACGGAAAAGUCGCCACCAGCGACAAGGUCAGAGGCCACAUGGUCGCCAAUGCAUGGUGACCAUACGGAUGCCCUUCAUUCUGGGCAAGUCCCUCAGGGCAGGCCGCCAGUUUCAGAGCAGUUAUUUACAGGGCUCGAUUCUGCAGCGUUUCCAGGCCAACUGCGUGCAGAGGCUGCACCUGCAGAAACUCAGCCGCCCCAGCAUUCAAGGCCACAGCCACCUGCUGCGAGGGCACCACCAGCCUUCACUUUAAUGGGCAAUGGCAUGAUACACCUAGCCAACAAUGUCACCGUCAGCAAGGAGGUGUACGAGACACUGAUGGCAGUUCGAAAAUAUUCGCACUUCGUCAAGCGGGCGGCCACCGCAAUUUGGUCGUCUGAAGUGCUGCCGCUAAGAAGUUUUUCUGGGACACUGUCCAACAGGUAUCUGACGGAUGGAACUGAAAAAGCUCCACAGAGGCCCCUGACACCGCGAAAAGUUGACGCCUUGAAAGGCAAGCAAUAUUUUUUCUUUCCACCGUAUUUCUGUUUUUGCAUGUUCCAGUUUGCGUCUGGGGCUGUCUGGCAAACUUACGUGUAA